AUGGACCAGACUAAUGGCAGCAGCAGUGGCGGUUAUGGACCUCCUCCCCCUCCGUACAACACUCAGGACUACGGACAGAGUUCUUACACAGGGAUGAGCUAUCAGGUGAAUCAGGUGGGGAUGGGCAACGUGGCCGUGGUCUCCCCUCCUGGCACCUAUGAUAACGUGGUCCAUCCCGAUGACAUGGAGGCGGCGGGAGGAGGCCAGCCGUUUGGUCACGCUCCCCCCGACUACCAGCACAGGUUAAAAGACGGCACCUUCAGGGACGCGGCCGUACGGAGAGGUUUCAUACGGAAAGUCUACCUGACCUUGAUGAUUCAGCUGCUGGCGACUGUCGGAAUCAUCUGCGCUUUUCUUUACUGUGACGCUCUCCGGAGAUGGACGUGGGCCAACUCCUGGUUCUCCUACACCACAAUGGCGAUGGUGAUUGUGCUCAUCGUGGCCUUGUCCUGCUGUGGCAACCUUCGUCGUCAAGUCCCCCUCAAUUUCAUCGCCCUGAGCCUGUUUACUCUCGCAGAGGGCCUGAUGCUCGGAGCUGCCACGGUGUACUUUAAUGCAGAAGCCGUUCUGUGGGCUGUGGGGGCGACGGCGCUGGUGUCCUUCGCCUUGACUCUGUUCGCCAUGCAGACCAAAUGGGACUUCACCGGAUUGAAUGGCAGCAUGUGGGUGUUUGCCUGGACCCUCUUGUCUUUUGCAUUGCUUUGUGGGAUCCUCCGAUCGCAGUACCUUUACAUCUUAUACGCCUGCCUGGGAACCUUGCUGUUUUCCUUAUACUUGGUGUUUGAUACGCAGCGUAUCCUGGGUGGGAAACACAGGAAGUACGAAGUCUCUCCCGAGGAGUACGUGUUCGCUGCUCUCAACCUCUAUUUGGACAUCGUCACCCUGUUCCUCCUCCUGCUGCAGCUCAUUGGCCUCUGCCGCUAA